UUUAAAUAUUGCAUGCAGUUAUAAUGCAUUUCUUUCUGCCUUUUGGAUUUGAGAAGCAAAAGGCUUUUACAUAUUGCAAAGCCAUAAAACACUAUAUGAUUAGACAUCUGGUUCCUUGUUUUUCUUACAUUGCAUAGAAAUUCAUUAGAGAAAAAUCUUUACCCAAAUAUUGCUAACUAGUAUUAAAGCUAGUGAUGAAGACUGUCUUGCUAUAGCUUACUUAGUAUGUUGGAUAAAACAAUAUUAAUACACCGGCUUGUGUAUGUCUGUCCUUCGUUUUAACAUAUAAACUCUGGGUUUUUUUACAGAGCUUUCUGGGGUGCUGCAUCAGUGCCACGUUCUGGCAUCAGAAAUGGUCCAUUUCAUUCAUCAAAUGCAGUAUUACAUUACAUUUGAGGUACUUGAAUGUUCAUGGGAUGAGCUCUGGAACAAGGUCCAACAAGCACAGGACUUAGAUCACAUCAUCGCUGCUCACGAAGUUUUCUUGGACACAAUCAUCUCUCGCUGUUUGUUGGAUAGCGACUCCAGAACACUUCUUAACCAGCUUCGAGCCAUUUUUGAUCAAAUCAUUGAGCUUCAGAGUGCUCAAGAUGUAAUGUACAGAGCUGCUUUGGAGGAGCUGCAGCUGAGGUUGCAGUUUGAAGAGAAAAAGAAACAGCGUGAACUUGAGGGUGAGUGGGGAGUAACUACAUCCGAAGAGGAAGAAGAGAACAAAAGGAUUAGAGAGUUUCAAGAAUCUGUACCAAAAAUGUGUUCACAGCUGCGAAUACUUACACAUUUCUAUCAG